GUUCCGAAAGAAAAUUCAUCACCGCUAGGUGGCAGUUUGGACAAGGUGGCGGCAGUUUCCUAACAAUGUGAUGUUAACUUUCUAAUUACCCGUGAUUGUAUUUAUCCUUUUGUUCCAGAGGGUAUUUUCUGAGACUAUUAGAUGGCAGACAUAGAGACGAUGUCGGUAACCACCCAUGAUUCUGUAGACUCCACCGUCAAGUCUACUUUACUAGGAACGGACACGGAGAGUGAAGCUGGAGAAAAACAUGUCAUUGACUGGAAGAAGCGUGUCAGAUCAGAAUUUAUGAGGAUACGUCACUUAAAACGAUUCAAAAGAGCAGAUGAAGUCAAGACUGCAUUUACCUUGAAUAGACAGUUCAUCAAUCAACAGCAGGAGUUAAAUAGUGAAUGGUUAAAACAACAGCCAAUCCAGUCACUGCAUACACCGGAGACCUUCAGUCAUGUUCCAGUCACUAGGAAGUGCGAGGUGAAGAGUGGCAUGUUUAACCAGACAAUGUCGGUCUCUCUGCGAGUGAUGAAUAUCGUCAAGCCCAUCCCGACCAUGUAUAGCUGGGCACAGUUACAACAGAACUACAUGGUUGAGGAUGAAACUGUUCUUCAUAACAUUCCUUAUAUGGGCGACGAUAUAUUAGACAAAGAUGGAGCUUUCAUUGAAGAACUCUUGAAGAACUAUGAUGGUAAAGUCCAUGGAGAGAAAAAUUCUAACAAUUUGGAUGAUGAAACCUUUGUGGAACUUGUCAAUUCUCUCUGGUUGAAUUAUCCUGACCCAGAUCAGGAGGAUGCUGAGCAUAAAGAAUCAUCAGGGAUGGCGGAGUGUAGUGAAGAUCUAACAAAAAGUGUGUUCCCCAGUGAUAUGAUAUUUGAAGCCAUAUCAAGUCAGUUUCCCGAGAGAGGAACAACUGACCACCUCAAGGAUAAGUACAGGGAACUAAUUGAAUUAAGGGAUUCCACCAGUCUGCCUCCUGAAUGUACUCCCAACAUUGAUGGCCCCAACGCCCAGUCUGUACCCAGAGCACAAACCAUGCACUCCUUCCAUACUCUAUUUUGCCGCAGAUGUUUUAAAUAUGACUGCUUUUUACAUCCUUACCACCCGACCCCCAGCAUGCUGACAAGGAAAAUACCAGAGACUCGCACAGAGAAUGACCCAUGUGGUACGGACUGCUAUUUACAUCUGAUCACUGUGAAACAAGAGAAAGAGGUUCUAGUCUCUGAUGUGGAGAGGUGGGACAAGGGAGAUAAGCUGGAAAGAAGGGAAUGUGGAACUAGUUCUCCAAUUGCUGGAAAGAAACGGAAAUACAACGGAGGGCCUAGCAGUGGAGAGGAGAGUAACGAUGUACCUGAGUUCCUGGUGCCAAAGAGACCGUCAAGAAUCACUCCAGGUUGGACAGGGGCGGAUGAGUCCUUGUUCCGUGUUCUCCAUGACAUGUACAGGAACAACUACUGUGCCAUAGCUCGUCUCAUAGCUACUAAGAAUUGUAAACAGGUGUAUGACUUUGCCAAGAAGGAAGCCGCUCAUAUCCCUGAUGUUGGAGAGGACAAGGCUCAAACUCCUCCUCGCAAGAAGACAAAAAAGAAACACAGGUUAUGGUCGAUGCACUGUAGAAAGAUCCAGCUGAAGAAGGACUCGUCCACGAAGACUGUGUUUAACUACCAGCCUUGUGACCAUCCCGGACUACGAUGCGAUGAAGCUUGUCCGUGCAUCCUGGCCCAGAAUUUCUGUGAAAAGUUUUGUCAGUGUAGUGGGGACUGCGAGAACCGUUUCCCUGGCUGUCGGUGUAAGGCGCAGUGUAACACUAAGCAGUGCCCAUGUUUCCUGGCUGUACGGGAAUGUGACCCAGAUUUAUGUCAGACCUGUGGAGCAGACCACUUUGUGGACAGCACUAAGAUUUCCUGUAAGAAUGUCAGUGUCCAAAGAGGCUUAAGAAAGCGGCUAUUACUAGCACCAUCAGACGUAGCAGGAUGGGGGAUAUUCUUAAAAAGUCCAGCAGAAAAGAAUGAAUUUAUAUCUGAAUACUGUGGAGAGAUAAUAUCUCAGGACGAGGCGGACCGACGAGGAAAAGUUUACGACAAGUACAUGUGUAGCUUUCUGUUUAAUCUCAACAAUGAUUUUGUGGUGGAUGCCACUAGGAAAGGGAACAAGAUUCGCUUUGCCAACCACUCUGUUAACCCAAACUGUUACGCUAAGGUGAUGAUGGUGAACGGGGACCACAGAAUAGGGAUCUUCGCCAAGCGUCCCAUACAGUCCGGAGAGGAACUCUUCUUUGACUACAGAUAUGGUCCAACAGAACAGUUGAAGUUUGUGGGAAUAGAAAGGGAUGCAGAAGUGACGUGAUAUUCAUCGAGAUGUCUACUACGGACAUCUUUAGGUGCAAUUUCUUUAGCUGUUUAAGAACUCGAGAAAUUGUUUUAAUAUCAAACUGUUUAAGAAUUAAAUAGUUAUGCUUAAUAAUGAUUUUAAAAUCAACUUGGGAACUGCCAAAUAAGUAAAUUGUGUUUAUGACCUGUAUAUUCUUAACGAUUAAAGAAUUUUUCCUGAUUUAGCAACGGCGUCAAGGAAGUAUGCGUUUGGAACAGUCAAACAUUUAUAAACCUGCAAAAUAACUCAAUGAAAAGAUAUCAGUAUAACUUUUGUUAUGACAAUUCAAGACAUUGUAUUUGAAACAGAAUUAGAAUUUACAGAAACCAAAUUUUGAGAAACUCUUACCGUUUAUUACAGCAAUGUUAUAUAUUUGUGUAGGAAUUCUUGUUUAUUAAAGGCGUCCAGAAGAGCUUAUAUGUGACAAUUAAAUCAGAGUGUUACCUCAGGUAAAUUAUCGCUCUGAACUCUGAAGUACAAUAGCAUUGUCCUGUAAUAAUCAGGUAAAGAAAAGCUUAUCAUGUGAUCCUGUCAGACUCGCAAAACACCUCGUAUAUAUUUAAUGAUGUACUAACAUGUUUUUAAGUGCACUUUAUGAAGUGUAUGUGCAAGUAAAGUCCAGUAUUGUUGAUGUACUCUGUAGUCAAUAUUUCAGUAAUGUCCAGUUCCAUCUUUUAGUUCAGAUGUAAACAUUUGCUUUUUAUGUGGUCAAAAAUAAAAUGAGACUUCUGAA